AUGGAGCCUACUCUGCCAACAGUUGUUGCCCAAGAGCUGCCACCGGAGAACACGGAGGCACAGGAGGCGGUCGACCUGACUGAGGUUUUUGCCGUGCCGGUGACGAGCAGCGAUGCGUCUGGCGAGGACACGGACAUAGCCGAGGAUUCAGGCGGCGAUUCGGAAGAUGCCGACGCCGACGCCGACGCCGCCGCCCUGGUGAAGUUCGGCGGCGGCUCAGGCGACGAGACCGACGAGCCGGAGCCGGGGGAGAAGGACGGCGUGGCAAAGGCGGAGGAGGAGGGCGGGGAGGGCGACAAGAGAACCAAAGGGACGUGGGCGGCGGAGGAGGACGCGAUCCUGACCGAGCUCGUGGCGCGGGAGGGGGCGCACAAGUGGGCCAGCAUCGCCUCCGCUCUCUCGGCUCGCGGAGGCGUGGAGCGUGCCGGCAAGCAGUGCCGCGAGCGCUGGUUCAACAACCUCUGCCCAGAGGUGCGCAAGGGCGGCUGGUCCCCCGAGGAGGACCGCGUCAUCUUUGAGAGCGUGCGCGAGCACGGGACGAGGUGGGCCUUCAUCGUCAAGCUGCUGCCCGGCCGCACCGACAACGCCAUCAAGAACCGGUGGAACUCGGAGAUGCGCAGGCAGAAGCGCCUCAAGCGCCUCGAAGAGAUGGCAGCAAACGGAGAGGCGCGCAACCGCCGCCGCCGCCGCCGCCGCCGCCGCCGCCGCCGCCGCCGCCGCCGCCGCCGCCGCCGCCGCCAUCGUCGCCGCCGCCGCCACCCUCCGACCACGCCGUAG